AUGAGAAUGAAUAGCAACAUUGUCAAUCACAGAAAGUUGGUUGGCGCCGUGUCAGCAGAACCGCUGUUAAAUGCUACCAAUCGUGUCGAGUACAAGCCUCCAACAGACAAGUCUUUGCAACGACACAAAAUUACUCUUUGCCGACAAUCAUCUCUGCCACUUGAAAACUCACAGAUAAAUCUAAAGAGGCAAUCGCGCCAGACAAGCUUGAGUGAUUUUAUCCACUCAUUAUUUUCUGGUAAGAAGCGGGUUGAGCACAUUCUUGGCGACAUCGAGGAAAGAAAUGGGAAUGUGUCAUGUCCAAACAUAAAUAACAGAGAAAUUGUUGAAAAGAAAUUUUGGCGAGGUCAUACCGAGAAAACACGAAACGAAAAAGACAACAUGAAGCGAGCUUCUAGUGCCAAAAAAUUCUCUUCCUCCGAUGUCGUAUCGAUUUCUCAACCCAGCUUUCAAGUUCCAAAUAUUUUUAUUACAAGCCUUACGAGAUCAUGCAGCGACGAUAAAUGCUGCAUGGGGUCGACAACAGUUGAGCAAAAGAUGGCUGUCUGUAAAACUAGUCCAGUACUUUCUGAAGGCAGUUCACAAGCGAACAAGUCAGAUCGAAAAUGCCAGGAACAGCAUGUCGUUAUAAACAGCGAAUUUUGCCAUUAUAACUUUCAGGACCCUUCACAGGGACGACUCUAUAGAAACGAACACAUGGCCCAGAUUACUCCGUACCUGUUUGUUGGUCGCGCAGAAGCAGCUAAUGACCAACGCUUACUAUGCAAGCUGGACAUUCACUCACUGAUUGACAUUACAAAUUCACCAACAUAUUACCUAAGUAGUUUUAUAAGCAUACCCGACUCAUUUUUUAUCUCCUUUCACUCUUACUCCACUCAUAACUCUUCUCUCUCUCUCUCUCUCUCUCUCUCUUUCUUCCUCUCUUUUGUCGAGACCCAAAAACAAUUUGAUUCCGCUGAUACAGAGAAAACUGGCAAAUUGAGGUUUCGUGAUAUUGUUUUCCUUUUGGCUCGCAAUGGGUUCCGCCGUAAAUACAAUGAAGCAAAGCGAAUUUUUCAAGAACUGGACACUGAUGAAGAUAAGCUGAUUUCCCGUGAAGAAUUUAUGGCUGCUAUGGAUAAAAUACCAGAAAAGAAUAUCAAAGAGAUGGGAAUGAGAAAAUUGUUCAAAGAAAUUGAUAAAGAUUCCAGUGGUUACCUUACGUUUGACGAGCUGAACAGUGCUAUUCAAAAUCUAGCAUUGGAUGUAAACACAGAAAAAAUCAGUGAUAUCUUGAUCCAUUUGUGUCAAAGCAGUGAAAAGAUUGAUUAUGAAAAUUUUUUAGAAAUGUAUGCCAACCAGUAA